UACAGAAUUUAUUUCCUGUUUUUUAAAAAUUAAUUAGAAUAUUAUUUCCAUGCACAUGCCUUACAGUUCUCUAUCUCUCUGUCUCUUUGACCCAAGUUCGUAUCUGGGUUUUGUUGUUAUCUUUUUUGCGAAUUAAACUGAACGUGAAUGAAGGAUAUGGGGUUUGACAGUUACAAUUUGUUUGUCAAAUCGUCUUUCAAACUUUCAAGAGAUUUUGGGUAAUGUUUUUUCUUUGUAGCUGUAUCUGAAUUUGGAUAAAGUUGUUUGAAUCAGUCAUUUUUAUUUGUAGUUUUUUUUUCCCUUUCCUCAAAACUUCUGGAACUUGUAGCGAAUUAAACACUGAUUAUUACGAGUUUUGCUGGAUGCGUCAGAGGUAAUUCAGACGAGCAUGUGGGUGCUCAGAUUUCAUUACGCUAUGAAAAGAAGUUUGUUUAAUUUGUCAUUUACGUUUAUACAUAGACACUCGCUUUUUGUUAUAUUUUGAAGGCUUGAAAAUAUGGUGUCUUGUAAUCCAUUUGAGAUGAGAAGGGUGAUUGGAGUGCCCAGAGCUAGCUAGUUCUCCUUAAAAUGUGUUGACGAGUCUGAAAACCCUGAUGCUACUUUAUUUGUUAGUGAUUUAGACGUGACAAGUAUGGAAUAUGCAUCAAAAGUCCUCAUUUUGUGCUUUAGAGCAGAGUAAUGCGAAGUUGGAUGAGGCUAUUUGAAUUGAUUCUGCACGUGUGGCAUAAUUUUAUAAAUAGAUUUUAUCGGUGUGGUUUCACCACUUGUAAUAGAAUGGUAGUUGAAGGUUCAGUUGGCAACGUCUGCAAAAGGCAGGAGGGACUUGUAGAGUUGUAUGUUAGCUAUUGGGCUUAAUUAGGUAACAAGCUCAGUUUUCCUUUUCAUUUUUAUAUGCUGAGUUUCUAGGCUGUUGGCUGAUGGUUAUUUGUCAUCAGCCAAUCAAUUUAUCACCACUUUGCACUUCUGAAUUCAGGUUACAGAUUCUAAUCAAUGUAACCGGCAUACCCUCCUCCAUGCAAUGAAGCUAGUCAUUCUAGAACAUUGGCGCACUCAAUUGUUGAACCAAUCAAUGGUGAUUUUGGGUGGAUAACAGAAAUAACUUCAGGGGAUGGGAGGUUGCUGCUGUUCUUCCAGAAAGGCUCAUCUGCAUGGAACGCCAGUCUAUUACUAUUGUCCACGGGGUUUGGAAGAGCAUGAAUCCUUGACAUCUCAUGAUGGCAUAGCCUCUGCACUCACAGCAGGAUUCCUGGUUGAUUUGGGUCUGGAUGCAUCAACCCCUGACACUUACCGACCCCCUCCUGCACCUCUUCCUUACGAUUUUAUCUUGGGAUGUCCACAAUCACCAGAUUCUCUCUCUGCCGGAGGAAUGAUUAUUGGCAGUAGCUUUGGAACUUUGACUUCAUGUCAAGAUCUUGAGGAAUCAGACUGCAAAGCUCAAGCCAAUUCUUUGUGUGUCUCACCAAGAAAGUUAGAAGGUCCAAAUUUGAAUGAGCCUAAUGUAUCUUCAGCGGACGAGGAGGAUGUUUGUCCUAUUUGCCUCGAAGAGUAUGAUUCUGAGAAUCCAAAUAUUGUCACAAGAUGUGAGCACCACUUUCACCUCUCCUGCAUUCUUGAAUGGAGGGAAAGAAGUAAUGCCUGCCCUAUAUGCGAUCAGAUAACUGAUACUGAUGAUGACUGUGACUCUGAACAUCAGUAAUCGGAAAUGGCACUUGAUAAUACCAGCACUUAGUUUCUCUGAUUCUCUUUCAAGAUGGAUGCUUCUUUGCUCUUUGCAACCAAAGCUUGCCAACUCAGUGGCUAUAUAUGCAUUGUAUUCAUUUGUUUCGUAACUGAUUAUUUGGUUACGGUCCACAGAUUCAUUUGUAGUUUGGUUGCUGUAUUUUUUAAAUUCUAUUGUCUCUGUGGAAAUAUCGAACUAAAGAAACAAAGUUAUCACACAAGUGAAAAUAGUGCAUUGGUCAUUAA